AGAUUCCGGAUUUGCUAACAGUACCUAGCAAUGUUCGUGUUUGCCUUCCUUUUAGUGACGGUAUUCCUUUCAUCCGUACAGUAUUGCGAGAGUGGAUCAAAUGAGCUGCGCAAGUAUAGUAAUUCAUAUGUGAAUCAGCUGUUGUUCGAAGAUUGCGUUCGAAAGGAAUUGAUGAAAAGUCAUAAAACUGUCAAGACUGGCCCUGUUUCUCAGCUAUCGCAGUAUGCUGACAUGUGGGUUAACUGCGCUGAAUCUACUGGAGGAGAAUUUGAAGACAGUAACUUGAUUUUCUCACCACCCUUAAAAUUCAGAAUUAUACAACUGUGGAAAAAGAUGGGUGAUCUACUAGACGUUUCGAAAAAAUAUGGUUUGGAUGUCAGUGAUGAAUGCAAGAAAAUUUUGUUAUAUCGAUCUAUUCGUGCCUGUUUGCCGACUAUCCAAGCUUAUUCAUUAAGAUAUAGAGAAGGUGAUGUAAUAGCUUUUGUCCCUUUCGUAAAAUGUAUAUCAUCGAGUCUGAUCCCGUGUGGAAAUGAAACAGGAAAGUUUUUUACGAGUGUGAUCAAGAGAAAUGUGAAGUAUAUAUUUUAUUUGUCAGAUGAUAAAGAGGAGAAGUUGAAAGAAUGUUUGGAAAUGGUGAAAGAACCCGAAAUAAAUGACUGUGCUGCUGGACUGUAUGGAUUACUUAGCGCUAUUGCAUUGGGCAAAAUUGUCUUUGAGCCUCAAGUCCGCUUUUCUUCUGAUUUCAAGUGCAUCCAUCAAGCAUUUAAAUAUUGUGAUUCUGAAAGCGUUAAAAUUAUUACUAGUCUAGUUCAAGACUCAAUGAAUGUGACUCUUUUCAAUUCUAAAGAAAUUCUUCGUCGCUCUUCACAACCAGAUGUUUUUACUUGUAUGCCAGAUGACGUAUCUCAAAUACAGAGUUGCUUAACACUAAGUUCACUGUAUGAAAUUAACGAAUGUUGUCCAGAAUUAGCAUGCAUCCUAGAAGGUAUUGUAAAAGAUACACCUGUAACAGAAUUAUCAUUUAGCAUAAAUCGUCAGUUCAGUGGUUGCCUUGGAUACGCAUUAAGAAAAUGUUCAGGGUCUAUGCGUUUCGUGAUCAAUAAAGUCAUGUUAGGAUUAUAUGGAAUAGAUCUGAAAAUUCCAUUUAACAGGAAUAGCAUUCUUUCGCUACCAGGGUAUUAUGAAGAACAAGCCUUUGAAAUAUUGUUUCCGCCUUAUUCUGUACCUGCUAUUAUUUUGAAAGAAAUUAGCAUAUGCCUUCAAUCAGAUGGAUACAUUUUAGAAGACUGCUGCGGACAAUUAGUUGACGCAAUAGUAAAAGUUCUUAGGGAUGAAAGCUUGCCAUUUCCUUUUCAAAAGAAAAGGAAAUGUAUGCAACAUUGCAUUAAGAAAAGCAUUUAUCGGUGCUCUGAAGCUGCUAGAAUAUGGAUAGAAAAGUUAAUCUUUGGUAUAAAGGAAGCAUAUGACAAACUUUCAACACUGAAUGUUCCAUAUUUUUCUAAAACUCCACCAUAUGCUCUACCAACGAGCAUAUUUCAAAAGCUAGAUUCAUGCAUUGAGACUAUAAAUCCAAAUGCGAUUGAGACAUGUUGCCCAGGAAUUCUUCGUGUUAUUAACGCAUACAAGUCUAAUGAAUCACUUUCCUUGGAUUGUCUUAUACCCAAGAGUUGCAAGUACGAAUGUUUACUGCAUACUACAGAUGCUUGUGAGUCAAAAUCAGCAGUACUACUUCAAGCUUUCGUAGCAUUCGCCAUUAAAGUAUAUGAAGAAGCCCAAGCCCCAUCAAACAUCCUGCUAUAUCAAAAUCGAUAUGCUGCUGCUCUGACUGAAGGAAAAAAUCUUCAUUUUAUUUCGCAUAGAAGUGCAAAUAAUUUAAGUGGGAGUUCCACGUUCUCACAAAUAGGAACUGCUCAAGUAUUCAGUUCAAAUCCACAAGGGAGGAUUAUAUUUAUACCCUCAUUUUUAAGCGAACAAAUUAGAGUAUGCAUGUAUUUAAUGGAGAAGAAACUUCUGGAUAGCUGCUGGGAAGGAAUGUAUGAUUUUAUGAUUUCUAUAAGCUAUGGGCUAAGACCUUCUCCUCUUGGUCCUGUGCAUGCGCAAGAUAUCAGAUUAUGCCUGAGAAGUGCCUUCCAGCCAUGUUACUCAAGUUCGGUUUUAGUUAUAAACAAUGUUCUAAAACCCUUUGUUAAUGGUUUUGAUGUGAUUAUUCCUUCAAGACAGAAAAUUGUUUCAAUGAGUCGAAUUGAUGAUGCAUCCAAAGCAAGUGUUAAGACUUGCUUGAAGAGAAUAAUGGCUGAAAAAUUGGAUAAUUUUUUCGAAUAUGUUUUCGAUAAGAUCAUAGAGAUUUUAGAAUCGGAACAAAGCAAAAGCAAGACAAUCGCAGGAGCUUCUAGAGAUAACCAUUUAAAAGAAGUUUUUAAAGUUUGUUCCAUGAAAGCUAGACUUCUUAUUUCAACGAUUGCUUUUGACCAUCUUGGAAUUAUAUUGGACAUACCUCUUUUUUAUGAAUCAGCACCCAUAAAUAUCAUGGAAAUGCUACCCAACGAUGAAAUGCUUGAACUUCAAACUUGUCUUGCUUCUCAAAAUGAAGAUGAAAUUGAUGCUUGUGAACCUGGUUUAUCUCUCAUACUAUCCCAGAUAGCAAAAGGCUAUGCGACAGUGUUUCAACAAUCCUUGAAACUUAACCGGCAUUGCUUGGAAAACAUGUUCAAGCACUGCUCCGUCCGAUCUCGUUUGUUAAUCAUGGAUGUAGUUAAAUUUGCUACCGGCAUUGUAAUUGAUAUACCUUUGAGACUUAAAAAUAGAAUCCACAGAAAUAUAUAUGAGCCUGAAAUUUCUGCGAUAGAGUCCUGCAUUGGGAAAACAGUACCAAAUGAUGUCAUCGAUAAAUGCUUACCUGGUUAUUCAUAUGUAAUGAAUGAAAUAUAUAGAGGUCAAGUUCCUGACAUGAGCGAUAUUCCUCCAACUAUACAAAAUCUAACCUGCUUGGAGAGUACAAUUUCUUCAUGUUCUCCUGACGCACGUAUGUUAAUAACAGAAAUUCUUCUUAAUUAUACGGGAAAUUUUGUGAAUUUCCUUUUUGCCGCUUCAAGUGAAAGGAAAAUACAGUCUGGAAUGGAAAAAAGAGUUCAGGGAUGUUUCCAAACUAUUGAAAAGAUAACAGCUGAUAACUGCAUUCAAGGACUUUAUGAAGCCUUAAGAAUGUUUUCAGAAGGCAUACUUCCACCUCCAGAACAUAUACUUAAAAUCCAAGACACAUAUAAGCCAACUUGCAUCAAAGAUGUCUUUAAAAAUUGCAUUGCAUCUGAUCUGAUUUUGAUUGAUGAAUUCUUGAGACAAAUAAAUUUACAUUAUGUCGGUUCUUUAGUAAAUGAAGUGCUUGACGCAUAUGCUAUGGAUGAUGCAGGAGUUCAUGAGCAUUCUAUUGUUGAUCAACAGUAUGUCCAACAGUGCUUUAAAACAUUACAUCAAGAUAACUUGGAUUCUUGUACUCCAGGAUUGUAUAAUGUUAUCAAAGAUCUGGCAGAAGAUAAUCUUCCAUUAAAUAUUGUAGCUUUGAAAACUGUAGAACACAAUUGUUUAGAAAGUAAUUUUGCCCAGUGCUCUUACAUGUCUCGUCUUUUAAUUAAAGAUUUAAUAUACGAUUAUGCACGACUUGACGUUGUUAUACCUCUUCUAGAUGCUCCUGAAGGCUUUACGGGAGAAUUUGGGCCACCUAUUGCAGCUAUUCAGAAUUGCCUUUCUACCAUUGAUUUCAAAAAUGCUGAUAAAAUUAUGCCUGGAUUUCUUAGAGCUUUUCAUGAAACCUUCGUUAGACAAGUGGGAAAUUCUGGCUUCAAAUUUAGGCUUCCUGAAAAAGCAAUGUCUGCAAUGGCGUAUCUUAAAGACCUGUUUAUUUCUUGUGAAGUGCCAAUAAAGAUGUAUCUUCUGCAAAAAAUUGCUGAAAUAAAUAAUAUUAAGUUGAAUGUGCAAAUUGAAAAGCAUUCUCUGCAAGAAAAAGCACCAGAAGUUUGUUUUCCGUAUUUACUUCAGGCUGACCAUCUUCCAGAAAAGCCUGUAGAACUUGUCGUCAUAAUUAAUAAUUCUGGAAUAUAUAAUCGAGAUGAAAAUGACCGUUUUCCAAGAGAAGCAAAUUCUGGUACUAAAGAUAUUAAGACGUUAGUGCAUAAGGAUGAUGUUUUUGGGAGAAAAGAAAUAUCUGGUGGACUAUCUAUGUCAGAAUUAUCUAAUCGCAGAUCUGCUGAUUCUCAUACCUCUAAUCACAGUGAAAUAGAAAAUGCCGAAAAUCCAAAUAGUGAGAACAGUAGACAUGGGACAAGGAAAGAAAGUUAGCGUUGAUUAAGAGAAAACAUAGAGAAGGAAAAGGAGAAAUUAUUUCGAAGUUUGGUUAAAUAAGAAAAUAUUAAAGAAAAGGAGUGAAGGAUCUAAUAUAUGUAAAAGACCUCAUUUUUUAAAAAAUUAAUUAAUUUACUUCAUUGUUAUCAUUUUUAAUUAAUUAUUUUUUUUAGAUUAGAUGCAUAUCUUGGGGUAAUAAAUGUUCCUUCAUGGACCAUGAAGUAUUAUUGAUUCACAGAAAUUUCAUACUUUCUUGUAUCAAAUAAUAAAAAACAUUAAAAAAUAGUUUUCGACGAUAUUGCUUCCUUUUUAAAGGCAUUUUUUAAAUAUCAUUUCAAAAUUGAGCUUCAACUUUGUGAGGUGAAGUUUUCUUUCCAGUUCUGUUUAUAUUAAUUAAAAUUGCGGAAAAGGGAAUUAAAAACAAUUUUGAACCAUUGUAAGAUUAAUAGUUUUCUUAUUUUCUUUCAUUAUUAAAUAGAAUAAUUUUUAUCGCUUCUUGAUACACAGCAUAAGCCAGAAAGUUUCAUUAACCCUUACUUCACUGCAGUUGCUUUAUUCUUUUCAUGUGAAUAUGGAAAAUUGUUUCACAGAUAUAUAAUACAUCAAAGAUUCUGAAAAAUCACGUAGUCUAAUAGAUUUCUCACAACGUAUUAGAAACAUGAGAAAUGCUUUGAAGAAAUUUAGAAGAUAAGCGCUUAAUUUUUAUUCUUUACGUUUUAAAGAUUUUUGUAAAUCGUAUUUUUUCGAAUCUGUUUCUUUUUUAUUAAUAAUCCUACAGUGAAACCUAGUUAAAUUUUUCUUAAACGUGCAGUUUUCCCUUACAAAUCUUCAUACGUUCUAGGAGAAUGCAAUGAUAAAUUAGUUUAAUGAAAAUAAAGAUAGUAAAACUCUAGCUUUGUAUAUUGUUUUAUUUUAUUUAACUUACUGAAUAAUCCUCAGAUUAGUUUAUAUGUAGCGGACAAUUAAUUUCGGGGGAAGUAUAUCUGUAAAACAGUAUUUCAAAAACGAUCUGAAAUAGUUUGCUACUUUUUGUUUGUAACUAUA